AUGUCUCGAACCAGUCGGCGCGGGCCUUGGCUACCUGAGGAAGAUGCUGCACUUUUACACCUGGUUCACACACAGGGUCCCAACAAUUGGGUCCGUAUCUCACAGCACAUGCAGCAUCGAUCGCCAAAACAAUGUAGAGAGCGAUAUCACCAAAAUCUGAAGCCGUCUCUGAACCACGAACCUAUCUCGGCCGAUGAAGGCGAGAUGAUUGAGCACCUUGUGCAAGACAUGGGAAAGCGGUGGGCGGAGAUAGCACGCCGGUUGGGUAAUCGGAGUGACAACGCGGUGAAGAAUUGGUGGAAUGGAAGCAUGAACAGACGAAAAAGAACCGACUUGCAGCAAGGCGGCGGGUCGAGAAUGGUGGGAUAUCGACCCCUGCCGAUUCCUGCUUCUGCUUCCGCCCAUCAGUUGUAUUUACAUGAGCUCCCGAUGCCCUUACAGCAUACUACGGGAUAUCCCUCGCCACAACCUCUCUCUUUCGGCCGGCGUGAAGUGCAACACACCAGCUACAGCUUCGCCGACACACGUCCCUUCGAUUCAGAGCACAAUGAAGCCACGCGGUCACAACCAGGAAGAAACACAAGUUUGGGGCAAACGCUGUUCAAAUCAGCCUCCUACUCGUCGUUCGACCACAUUCAUAACAGCACCUCGCAAUCUCGCCCAACUCGACUCAGCCCUUGCCCGCCUGUGGAGCCUGUGGUCUCCGAGCGACCUUUUCCUCCGAGGAGUCGGUCGGCAGACCGUGCCCAGUGGCAGCUACCGCCAUUCUACUCUCUCAAGGCCCCGGCUUACUCGCCAGCACCGACCGAAUCCUCACACGCUUCGCUCAACCAGCGAGCACCGUCUCUCGUUUCCGAUAGCCCGUCGAAUUGUUCGAUUUCUCCAAGAUCGGUCUCAUCGCCUCGCCAGGGAAUAUCCACGUCAGAGGAGGCGACAGUGCAGAUGUGGCCUGAAUUGUUACCUAGCAAUCCCGUAGGCACCCGUCAGAACGAGAGGCUGGGGGCGAGGGAUGAGAUCUCAAAACAGCGGCCCUCCAAUCUCCCGACUCGUCCUGCUUUGCCCCAUUCACUCACCCUUCCCGAGGCUCUUGCCUUCUCCCCACGGUCGACAGGCCUGGAGAAUCCUUUGCCGGAGAGUCCCGAUCGCGAACGGAGUGCCGGCAAAGACACCCGAAUGAACGUGUCAAGACUACUUGGCUAA